AUGUCGUUAGAUAAAGAUAUUUCAAUUAAAAACGCUAUUGAAGAACGUUGGCUUAAAAAAUUUGAUUAUAACACUUUUGAUAUAAUCGAAAAAAUUGGUCAAGGGGGGUUUGGCAAAGUUUAUAAAGUUGUAUCUAAAUCUGAGAAUAAAGUAUUUGCUAUAAAAUGUUUAUAUAAAGACGACGUAUCUAAUGAUUUUGUACGAGAAGUUAGGAACAUCAUUCAAGUCAGCUAUAAUGAGAAUAUUAUAAAUUUUUAUGGAAUUACCCAAGGUCAUCGAGAAACUCCAAUUAAUGGUACUCCACUUGAUUUUGUAAAGCUUUAUUAUAUAUCAUGGGACAAGAAUCCAAAUGAACGUCCUAAAAUCGCUGAAAUUCUUGAUAAAUUAGACAAUUUACAACUUGAACCAGUUUAUGAUGAAUCUAAUGAUAAUAGUGAAAUUAUUGAUAAAUUAAAAAAUUUACAACUUGAACCAACUUAUGAUGAAUCUAAUAAUAAUAGUGUUGAAUAUAUGAACUCUAUAACGAAAACUUCGAAAAUUGUUCAAUGCUCAACUCCUAUGUCCUGUGAUGAAAUUAUUAAGAAAGUAAUUAAAAAGUAUGAGAAUAAAGAUGAUCCAAAUUUUAAAACCAAUCUCAACAAUUGUGAUGCACGUUUUCAUAUAGCUUGUGGAGAUUCUCAAGGGCUAAAGUUGCAUAUGAGAAACAUUAAAAACAACUAUUAUAAAUCACCUUUAGGCUCAUCUAAAUAUUUUCCUUACUAUGAUUUUGUUUUAUUUUAUUGCAAUCCAACUUCUAUAAUUUCUAUUUUUGAAACUUUUAUAUUAAAUAAUUUAAAUUUCACUGAAAAUUUCCUAAGUAUUCAUUAUAUUUUACAAUCAAAAUACAACGAGCUUUCUAUUCUUGAAAGUUUGCUUGAAUUUGAAACCAUUUUAAAAUGGUUACUUAGAAGUAAUUAUGAUAUCAAUAUUAAAGACAAACUUUAUAAUAAUUCUUUAUAUUACCUCCUAAAUGAACCUAGAUUAUCAAUAUAUUAUCACAAGAUCAUUUCCAUAUAUUUAAAAAAUGGUUUAGAUCCCAAUAUUUCUUUAUCUUCUGAUUCUACAAACUUAUUAUUCUACAUCACAUCACAAAAUUUUCCUAUUACUUACCUUGAUUUAGUUCUUAAGUAUAACAUUGAUUUGUCUUUUAUUAAUUCCGAAGGGUUAAAUUUUCUUGGAUAUAUUAUAAAGAUUGAUAAGUUGAUGUUAUUACAAUGGACUUUAAGUAGUAUUCCCGAAUUUAAAGAAAAGCAGACUAAAGUUUUUAAAGAAUUGAAUGCUCUUCAAUACGCUAUGUAUCUUAAUCAUGUAGAUGCCAUAAAAUGUAUUUUAGUGGAUGCUCCUAUAUAUAGAGAUGCUAUGAUUAAAAAUGAUAAAGGUUUAAAUACUCUUGGACAAUUUAUACAAUUUAAUGAUAUGGAAUUAUUGAAGUGGAUUUUAUGUAAAUUCGCUGAAUUCAGGGAUGAAAUAGUCGAAGUCUGUGAAGGUUGGAAUGCUUUACAAUAUUCAAUGAAUAAUAAUAAACUAGUAGCUAUUAAAUGCCUUCUAGAAAAUGCUCCUAUAUAUAAAAAUCCUGAUAUCAAAAAUGAAGUUGGGUUAAAUGUUCUUGGAUAUUUUAUUCAAUCUAACGAUCUAGAAGCAUUACAAUGGAUUUUAGAAUCUAUUCCCGAAUUUUCUAAUAAUAUAAUUGAGGUUUGCGAAGGUUAUAAUGCUCUUCAGUUUGCUAUGGAUACAAAUAAUAUCGAAGCUAUAAAAUUCCUUUUAGAAAAAACGACCGCGUAUAGGGAUAUUUCUAUUAAAAACAAUAAAGGUUUUAAUAUUUUGGAAAAUAUUCCCGAAUAUGAAUAUGGAAUCAUUAAGAUUUUUAAAAAUCAAUAUGCUCUUGAAUAUACUAUUAUAAAUAAUCGAUGGGAGGAAAUGAAAUGUAUUUUGAAAAAAGCUCCAACUGAUAAAUAUAUUUCAAUAAAAAAUGAUGAAGGAUUUAAUUUUCUUGGCCAAAUAAUUUUUAAUAAUCAUUUAAAAAUAUUGCAAUGGAUUUUAGAAAAUAUUCCAGAAUUCAAAAACGAACUUGUUGAAGUUUGUGACGGAUGGAAUGCUCUCCAAUUUUCUAUGAAUCUUAAUAAUCUAGAAGCCGCAAGAUGCCUUUUAGAAAAAACUUCUGUUUAUAAGAGUAUAGCAAUUAAAGACGUCUUUGGAUUGAAUAUUCUUUGCCACGCUAUACAAUUUAAUAAUUUAGAGAUGCUACAAUGGGUUCUGGACAAUAUUUUUGAAUAUAUUGAUAGUGAGGAAGAAGUUUGUUAUGCUCUUCAAUUUGCUAUGGACAUUAAUAACUUUGGAGCUAUAAAAUACCUUUUAGAAAAGGUUCCUCUUUAUAAAGAUAAUACAAUGAUCAAAAACAGUAAUGGAUUGAAUAUUCUUGGUCAUAUUAUUUGCACUAAUCAAUUAGAUUUAUUGGAAUGGACUUUAGAUAAUAUUCCUAAAUUUAAGAAUGAGAUAGUUAAGGUUUGCGAUGAUCGGAAUGCACUUGAAGUUGCAAUGGAUAUUAAUUGUAAUCCAGUAAUCAUAAAAUGUCUUUUGGAAAAAGCACCUGUAUACCGAGAUAUAAAAAUAAAGAAUGUUUUUAAACAAAAUAUCCUUGGUCAUAUUAUUUAUUAUAAUCAAUUAGAAUUAUUGGAAUGGAUUUUAAAAAAUAUUCCUAAUAUUGGAAAAAGUUCUGUCAAAGUAUAUAAGAAUUAUAAUGCGCUUCAGUUUGCAAUACGUCAACUUAAUAUGGAAGCUAUUAAAUGUCUUUUAAACCUCUCUUCAGAAUACAGAGACGUUUCAAUUAUUUAUAAAGAAUUCAAUGUUCUUGGACAUAUUAUUUAUCGCAACCAAUUAGAAGUAUUAGAAUGGAUUUUAAAAAAUAUUUCUGAAUUUAAAAAUGAAAUUGUUUAUGUUUGUAAAAAUUAUAAUGCUCUUCAGUAUGCAAUGUGUGAGGAUAAUAUUGAAGCGGCUAUAUGCAUAUUAAAAAAUGCCCAUGUAUAUAGAGAUCCUAACAUCAAAAUUAAUGACAUGAAUAUGAAUAUACUUGGAUAUACUAUUCGUUAUAAUCAAUUAGAAGCAAUGAAGUGGAUUAUAAAAAAUGUUUCUCAGUUUAGAGAUGAACUUGUUGAUGUAUGUGAAGAUAAAAAUGCUCUUCAGUAUGCUAUGAGACGAAAUAAUUCGAAAGCUAUUAAAUGUAUUAUAGAUAAUUCCCAAAAGUAUAGUGAUUUUGCAAUAAAAGACCAAGAAUUAAAUAUACUCGACUGGGCUACUGAAAAUAAAAGCUAUGAUAUAAUCAAGUAUCUUUCAGCAUUUAUUUUGCAAUACAAUAGUGAAUUAGAUAUUUUAUAA